GUCGUUAGACGCGCCUCAUUCGCCGUGGACACACACACUCCGAGAAUUAGCAACAUACACAAAAAAGAAAAAUAACGGAAAAACUGAGGCUUUUAGACCACAUUUUAUAUAUAUGUAUAUUAGUAUUUUUAUCUUCUUCUUCUCUGCUCGCAUUUAUUUCGUUCAUUCAUAUCUAAUGUGUUAACUAGCCAGAUAUACAUACAUAUAUACACCAACACAACGACACUUGAAUGCUUUAUAUACAUAUAACGGAAAAUACUAAAUUAAAUCAAAUAUCGCGGGUGUCAUAUAUAGACCAAUACGAAUUUAUAUACAAGUAUAUUAUUUUUUGUUUGUGAAUAAAUACAAAAAAAAAGUAAAGAAAAAACCUACAGAGAACGCGACAAGUGUUUAAAAAUAGUUUCCAAGUUAGACGCCCGCCACACAAAUCUUUUUUUUUUUUUGGCUUUUUGAAUCCCCAGUCCUAGUCUAGAAAAUAACUGCAACAAAAUGGUCGAGACCGUGGUCACCGUUGAGCGAACAACAACAACAACAACUGGCCCACCUGGCGGCACCGGCAAUCCAAAUGACGGUGGCUUCUGGAGUGCCAUACGCAUCAAUAUGGAUUAUUUUAAAACAUUGCCAGGAAUAACAAAGAUUGUGGAAUUUUUCUUGGGCAUUAUUUGCAUGGCCCUGGCCGCCCCGCCAUUGGCCUCGGCCACCUCGUUCUUCAUGUUUGUGAUUGUGAUUUCAUUUAUAAUUACGAUCCUGCUGAUUGCAGCCUAUUUCCUUGGCAUACGUGAAGCUCUCAAUGUUGCCGUCAAUUGGAUAUUCUCGGAACUGAUCACCACCGCUGUGUUGACUUUACUCUAUUUCAUUGGCUUCAUUGUCCAGCUGGCCAGAUGGGCCGAAUCUAAUGAUGUUAGCCAUGGCUCUAAUACGGCUGCCGGUGUCUUUGGCUUGUUCAAUUUUCUGGCCUAUGCGGCCGGCACAUAUUUCUUGUUUUUGGCCCAUCGAUCGGGUGCAACGCAUUAAAUGCCCUCCGCCCUUUCGGCCGGCCAGUCAGCCGGAAAGCCUGCAAGUUGUGCGCUAAAGAGUUAACGCUAAAUGAAACAAAUUCUAAAAAAAAAAAAAAUAAAUAAAAAAACGAAAGAAAAAAAUAACAAAUUAUAAAUGAAAUGAAAGAAAAUGUUUUAGCGUAGUUUAAUUUGUAAUUUUUGUUUAACAAUAUUUAAGUGCAAUUUUUGAUUGUGUGUACGUUUUGUUUAUGCUCUUCUUUUAUGUAAUAAUGUUAUUUUCCUGUUGCCCUUAUACUUUCCUCUUCUUUUUACACAAUCCCUCGUUUUUUUUUUUUCGAAUGUUAACUUUUAAUGAAGUUAGAAUCAAAUCGAAAUGGUAGUACGAAAAGCUCAAUAGCAAAAGGCGCAAAAGUUUUGCUGCAUUCGUUCGGCUCUCUUUCGCGUGACUUGUUAUUUUAAUGCUUAUCUUUAACGCUGCUAACAUUAAGUUGAAUAAACAAACACACAUACACCCACCCACCCACACACACACACACAUUUACACUUAACGACAAUAGCGCGCAAAGCAAAAUGUAAGUUCAAUAAAUUAUUUCUAUUUUCUAAAAAAAAAC